CGGAGGUGAGUCGGUGGAAAGCGGGAAAGCGUUCGCGCAACCACCCACAGUUCACUGCGGCCUCGCGAGCUGAGUGCGCCGCGUGCUGGUUGGCUGGUGGUCGCGCGUACCGCGAACUACCCCUCGCUCGUCUACGACGCAUUCACCCCCGCGUUUGGCGCGUAAACAGAGCGCCCACGGAGCGUCGUCUGUGCCCCAGACUAUCAGCCUGCCACAGACUCGCAGCGGAUCCCGAGGACGUGCCGCCGUCAUCGUUGUCGUCGCCGGGCCAACACGUGGAGGCCCGCGCGAGAUGGCAUCCUUUAGUGUUUUCUUCUCCCCCGAGGGGGUCGAGGGAGAAAAGAUCAAUUAGCGUCAAUCGAGAGGCACUUUCAACCUGAGCAGUAAGCAAUAAGUUUCCUCGUUAACAGCGAAAACUCAAGACGUCUGCUGAGGAUCCAUUGAUGAUGAUAACCAGAUCGUUCUUCUUGACCAUCACAGAGGGUCGUUGAGCCUUGACACGGGAUAUCGUGUCUCUGAAGAGCUCACUGAGCCUUGGAUCCAGGACGGAACGUGGUCAACUUGGCUCGACAGGUUCAAUAUGAUGAUGGACUGCGACUUCCCGCCUCUGGAAGUCGUAGAAACUGAAGACGUGACUCAAGAGAGGCCACGGCUUGACCUGGAGCUUGCGGAGCAGUAGUGAGAAAUUAGUGAAUUCAACGAAGCAAGGCUCAACGAGAUGCGGAAACAUCCCCGGCUUUGCCUCGAGUUUCUUCUUCUUUGGACUUGCUCUUCCGCGAUCGAUCACGGCGGGUCGAAGGGGACGGUCGUCUAGCUGCGAUCCCCUGCCUCCGAGCGCGACGUCGAUCAUCCGUGCGAUUCCUCCUGGCUCUCAUCGCGGCGUGCUCGCGCUCCUGGACGUCACGGAGGCGCGUCCCUGCGUAUCUUCGCGCCUCCUGAGAGCCUCGUUUUCGACGAGACGUCGCGGGGAAUUCUCCCUGGACCAGGAGCUCGAGGUGGCCGUCGACCACGUCGCGGGAGCACGUGUUGCCUGUCGCCUGCCUGUGCGUUUUCUCGACGGCAGUGCGAGUGUCCGGGAGUCGCGCAAAAGCGCCCAGCACUCCACUUGUAGAUCCAUCGAACGCUCCGUCCGCCACUUCGACAAGAACACGCGCGGAAGUGCCUGGCGAACUCGCAGGGUGACGUUGAGUGCGCGGAGAGUGCCCGCACGGCGAAGAGCAGCGUCGCGUCGCAUAUCUCGCACCAGCGUUCAGUGCUGCGACCACACACCGCCACGUGCUACGACAAGUCGCCGACGUAUGACAUUUGUCGAGGCGGGAGUGCCGAUCGCGCGCUUUGCGAGGCCAAGCGCAAUCGCGAUCCUGUGCCGGGCGCGAAAUGCGCGCUGCGACGAGUUGACAGCUGUCAGUUCGACUCGGCCGGCGUGUUUGCGCGCGCUAAGACGACGGGACAAACAGCGUUUACUGUUGCGUGUACCUGAGGCUGAAUGAGAGGCGGUGCGACGCAUGCCACGAUGCGAUUCCGCAACGGGUUCUCGUAUCCCGCGAGACCGCGCGACCCUGUCGUCGUCGUCGUCGGCCCCCUUGCCAGCGGAGAGUGCGCGCGAAACGUGACCGAAGGCCGCGGCUGAAGAUGUCCGCGUCCCUUGUGUUCCCGAGCGAUCAGCGCGGAAAAAAUCUCGAGCUUCUGCGCGGCACCGAGCGCGCGAGAAGGAGACAUCGCUGCUACCUCGACUCGACCUGGUCCCGGCGAACGAAACGUGUCGGAAGCGACUCGACCGGCCGACCAACGCGCCGACGGCAGCGACGACCGAGGAACCUUGAGGUCACUAUCGCGCGCAGAACUCGUUCGCAGAGCUCACGAGAAACCGGAGGUCGCGCGAGAAUCUCAUCACCUCGGCUCUAAGCGCAUUCAGAAGAAAAUCCAACGGAUUCCACGCGCGCAGUCUACGCGAUCCACGGACAAUCAGUAGCGUAGCUCAAGAAUCAAGUAUACGAAGCGUCUACUCCAGCAGCCGACUACUACCACUGCUAUUACUACUACUAUUCAAGUCGAGACACUCACCUCAAGUACUCGCCCGAAGCAGACGCAGACCAGACGCUGGAGAGCAAACUAAUCGUGGCUCACCAUUCGAGAUGCGUUCGCGGGCCUCAUCGAGGCGCAGGCCGCGCGGCACCCUGAGCGAAGCCUCCAUGUGCCAGGCGAGGGCACCUCGGAGCCCGCAGCUACAACGAUCGUACACCUUGGAGAUCGGCCAUCGUCGCGACGCCGUCAUCGACGUGACAAACGCGCAAGACACCGUCUGGGCCGAGUCGUAACCUCGCGAAGGGGAACAUCUUCGAUGGCCCGGCGAUCAGCCUUCGUGGUUCGCGCCGGUGACGGGGAAGAAGACGAAGAAGUAGCCGAUUGUCGUUGGACACGGUAGCCAGUGGCUGUUUGGCGGAAGUGAAAGCGCUUGCCGGAGUCUGCCCGUUCAAGAUGCGCUUCAACGAGACGACGCUGUCGGAGGAGGAGACGUUGGACAAUGCGACGGCGGAGCUGCCGGCUACAAGUCUGCUCGGCGAGCUGCUGGUCGGCGACACCGGUGGUCAGCGCGGCAACGCCAGUGAGAACCAGCGCGAGGUCGAGUACGUGUUACUGUUGACCGCCAAGGCGCUCGUCAUGGGCUUCAUCAUUCUGUGCGCCUUGUUUGGCAACCUGCUGGUGAUCGUGUCGGUGAUGCGGCACCGGAAACUGCGCGUCAUCACCAAUUACUUCGUCGUGUCGCUCGCGCUGGCCGACAUGCUGGUCGCGCUCUUCGCGAUGACGUUCAACGCGUCGGUCGAGCUGUCGGGCGGCCGGUGGCUCUUCGGCUACUUUAUGUGCGACGUGUGGAACUCGCUCGACGUGUUCUUCAGCACCGUCUCGAUCCUCCACCUGUGCUGCAUCAGCGUGGACCGUUACUACGCGAUCGUGCAGCCGCUCGAUUACCCGCUCAUCAUGACGAAUCUGCGCCUCGGCACGAUGCUGAGCGUCGUGUGGUGCUCGCCCACUGUCAUGAGCUUCUUGCCCAUCUUCGCCGGCUGGUACACCACGCAGGAGCACCUCGAGUACCGCCGCAACUAUCCGGACGUCUGCGUGUUCCAGGUCAACAAGUUCUACGCGGUCAUUAGCUCCAGCGUCAGCUUCUGGGUACCCGGCAUCAUCAUGAUCGCGAUGUACUACAGGAUCUACCGGGAGGCAGAUCGUCAGGAGCGCAUGCUGUAUCGGAGCAAAGUGGCGGCCGCUCUUCUCAACAAGCACCUGCAGAUCAACGGGAUCUCCGCUGGUCUGACCUCUCUGCCGACCGUGGAGCAAUCGUCACCCGAUCCGCAACCAGAAGAGCCGCCGAUGACCAGCAGCAGCAAGAUGAAAAGGGAACGAAAGGCCGCCAGGACACUCGGUAUCAUCAUGUCGGCGUUCCUCGCUUGCUGGCUUCCCUUCUUUCUCUGGUACAUCAUCACGGCGUUAUGCGACUCCUGCGAGAGCGGCGACGUGGUCGUGGCAGUGGUGUUCUGGGUGGGCUACUUCAACAGCGCGCUCAACCCGCUCAUCUACGCGUACUUCAACCGCGAGUUCCGCGCGGCCUUCCGCAAGACCCUGGAGAGUUGCUGUCGCGCGAUCGGCCCGGUGCGCGACCUGCGUCAGGUGCACCGCAAACAGGACCUCGUCCACAGCAACGCGUCCUCCGAGCUGCACGUCAACAAUCAGCUGCGCAACAGCGAGAUGACCAACGUGCACAUCGAGGCGUGCAUCUGAACUCGCGCGCGCGAACUCCUUGGACCUCUC